AUGGUCAACAACGGACCCUCAGGUUUAGGCGGGCGCAAAGGCGUCUGGGAGCCGCUACCUCUCAUACUCUACGGUUACGCAGUUCAUCCACUCUCGCCUAAUCGACGAGACACCAAACUCUCCAACCGCACCCGCCUCUCGAGCUUCACGGACGCAUCUGGGGAAGAGCACCUUGUGCACAGGGAUGUAGUCUCUCUCGAGGUGGGUGACAAUGUGUACGCUUUCGAAAAGUAUACACCGAGGGACAAGGAGGUGGAGGGAGUUUGGUAUCGAGGAUAUGUUGUAUGCACUACACGACGCCCACAGGUGAACUGGGCGAUUUCAUCGGACCCGUCAACUUCGUCCCAGAAGGCGGUCGCCAAGGCAGAUGAGACGCAGCAAGUGUUCAUUGGCAUCUUCCCUGCUUCCCACAUCUACGUACGAGACGAGCUGGCGGACGCAGAAGGCCGCCUGGCGGAGCUCGCAGUGAGCAUGACCUCCAGCAUCAACGGACACACAUCCUCGUCGGACCUAUACCCGCAAUGGCAACGAGAGAAGGCGUCUGCGGUCGACUUCCCCAUACCGAUACCAAUACCGAAGACAGAGGAAGACGAUACUAUUUCGCGGAAAUCGUCGUUCAAGCUGACGCCUCCCCCGGAGCAGGCGAAUAACGCGCGCGCCCGUCUGCCAGUAUACCCAGCAAGCCUACGAUCCGCUUCGCCCACGGAGUCGCAGGUGAUGAAACCGCUCCCUCCCCGACCAUCGCUCAAAUCGGGCGACGACACCGCGUCGGGCGCUACGCAGCCGAUCGUCGACGAGAUUGCGUCUGCACUACGAGAAUGGCAUGCGCUCAUGUUUCAGUACCUCGCGCAACGCGAUUACAAGCUGUUCCACAUCGUGCGGGAACACAUUGAGGCGCUUCAUCUCGGGCGACGACAGCUGCUCGCGCAGACGCUGAGCUCGGAGGAGACCGUCAACCUGCGACGGGAGUGCGUUGCGCGACUUGUGAGCGGGAACCUUGUGCAGGGCCUCGAUAUCAUCGUGCGACAUCCUACAUGGGGCAGUCUGGUCACCGUCGACGUCGAAGGCGAGGUCGAUACCCGCAGCUGGCUGAGCGCUAUCAGGAUGUAUGCAAUGCAGGCAUCGCUGGCGUUCAUGGAUAUCUCGCCGUCUAACCAUCCUUACAAGUCCCCGCACUUCGGUGGCUCGCUCGAUCACACCUCACCCGUGUUGCCCGGUCCCGCUCAGGCACUGUCUGUAUUUCCUGAGUAUAGCCGAAGUAGAACCAACCGCGCGUUAGGUUCGUUCGCAUCAUCAACAAGCACCGCUCAAUCUGCCAAGGCGAAGUUCUACCAUGUCUUCAUGGAUAUACGCGCGUUCGUUGCCUCUAUCUGCGGUCCUGGAGAGACGGUGGAGUUGUUCGUCUCGCUCUUUAACAAGGCUUACGCCCGGUUUGUCUCGGAGGAGUUCUGCGUAGUAUUGAACCACAACGGUGUCCUCGCCCGCGAUCCGUCGGCACGUAUUCGUACCCUGUUCACAGAUCUCGUUCAGUCGGAUGCGCAAGAUCCCAUAUACCUCGUGUGUCGCAUCGUCAGGAAUGGGGCUAUGAAGAUGGGAAGCAGCAUGGGCUCAAUCAACGAGGGUGGCAGGCGCGCUUCAGAGGCUUCGUUAAGAGAGUCGGGGACAUUGACCCCCUCCACAGCAUAUACCGAGGGCGGGCUGACAGCGGAUAGCUAUGCACCUGGGAAGGGUUCAUCGAUUGAACUUCCGACGCAAUUUAGAAGGCCCUUUGGCUGUGCGGUGCUCGAGCUCACGCAGCUUAAUGCUAUGGCGGCGGAGCAGUCGGAGAUGUCAUCUACCAGAGAGUAUCCUAUGCCUAUAUUCGUACCCACCAAUGAGGCGACAUUCUCCAUGCUUCAUCAGGACAUCCUCAAUCACAAUACCAAGGAGUACGAGAAAUCUCCGAGAGCCGAAAUGAUAGCAGUGUCAAUCAAGAUUUUUUACGGCGACGCGGAGACGAUCGUUCGAGAGAAUACAUCACUACUCCAGGACACACCACUCAGUCUACGCCUAGGUUUUCCCGAUGUUGUCUUCCCUGGGGAUGUACGAAACGAGCUCUACAUCAAGCUCUGGAGCGGCGAUUUUUCCUUCUCGCAAAGCGGUGCCGCUCGUCGCAGCGUUGCCAACUUUGCUCGAGGGCAGGUUGGUAGUGUGAAUGGCAACGUGCAAGUGACUAUCGACGUGAGAGAUCAGGAUGGUCGGAUUAUGGAUCGCGCCAUCACGCAGUGCAGUGGGGAGCCGCCGACGACACAGUGGCACUCCAUGGUCUUCCAGCGAACCAACCAACCAACGUUCGGAGAGCUCAUCAAGAUCAAGCUCCCCUUUCAAGGCGAUCAGCACUGGCAUCUCUUCUUCACUUUUCGGCAUCGAAGCUCCAGGGAACGAUCGAUGAGCCGAGGAUCGGAUGCUCCUGAACGUCCGUUUGCAUUUGCGUUCUUGCCGCUUUUCCCUGAUGGUCCCGCUUUCCUUGAGGAUGGGUCUCAUACUCUGGUAUUGUAUCGCGCAGACCGGCUGGGCCAAGUCUCGACCGACAUGUACCUCGCGGCGUCACCAUGGCUUCCUCCCAAUCAAAAACUUGAGCAUGUGUAUGUGCCCGUCGAGUUGCAGAAGAUCGCGCCACCCAUGCGAGACAGCCUUACCAUCCGGUCUUCGCUAUGUUCGACGAAGUUCACGCAGAACUCUGUCCUACUCAGUUUACUGAAUUGGGAGCAGCUGACAGACAGAGAAUUCCUCACGACCGUCUUGGCGAAAUUCACGUUCGUCGGUGAGGUGGAGAUUGUCAAGUUUCUGCGCGACAUCUUCGACUCGCUGUUUGGGAUCCUCGUGUCUCAGAACAACCAGUCUGGAGAGAUGGAUCAUCUCGUGUUCAAUGCGUUGGUGACGGUGCUUGGAAUAGUGCAAGAUCGCCGCUUCAGCAACUUCCAGCCUGUCUUGGAUGUGUAUAUUGAGAACCAUUUCACUUGUGCAUCAGCUUCGUCGCAUAUGAUACACUCAAUGAACCGACUGCUGCAGAAUCCCACCGCCAAUGACACGGCGUCUCCGUUGCGUGCCGCACUGAAGGUCUGGUAUUACAUCUUCAAGUUCAUUGUAAGGUCUCGCGAGCUGCAGAAGGCCAAGGAACUGGGCAUGGGUGGAGGGGCUACUGCAGAUCACCUAGAGGCGACCUUCAAGCGCGAACUGCGUGCUCAUCUGUCAGAGGUGAAUCGGAUGAUGUCGACCACAUCCCCCCCGUCUAUCAUCGGGACUCAGACCAUCGCUUUGCAACACUUCACCUCUAUCCUGCCUGAAUUAGGGAAGGUGUUUACGAUCGUAGAGCUGGUGACCAUCGCCACGACGUUUGCGAACGCGAUCGCGUCCAACAAGGGCAAGAUUGUCAUCUGGAAGCUGAUCAUGUACCUACAGAUGGUCAAAGGCUUCCUGUUCGAUAACAACCAAUCUCGCUCCUUACUCCUCGAAUCCGUUGUAAUAUGGAUCAAACCACAUUUCGGCAGGUUCGACGAAUAUGCUCUGACGCAGCCUGGUGACUCCGAGAGUGCUCGUGAUGCUGCUCGUGUCAGUUGGCUGGAGAGCGUUCGGUUGUCUGUGACAGUCGUAGCGGUGAUGUUGGACAAGUUACUGCAGAGUCUUGUAGAACCUUCCAUUGUAUCAGAUCGCAAUCUCCUGCGACAGGAACAGGAUAAUAUCGAGACGGUCUUGUCACUCUUUCCUAGAUUAUUGGAUUCUUACCUAGAGUUCCAAAACGAAGACUCCCGCAAAGCAAUCGAACGUAUACGUUCCCUAACACCUGUCUCUACUAAUUAUCCCGUCACUUUCCCUGAAUCCUAUCCGUUCUCUUUAGUCACACAUCUUCCGAAGAACACCACAACCGCAUCCGGUUCGUUUGACGUUAAGGCAGACUUCAUCCCAGGUCUGGGCGAGACCGCCAUCGUGUUCCUAGUCUUGGUGUUAUCGGCACCCAAGAAACACAUCCUCAGUUUCUUCGACCUGACCCUGGAGAUUGAAGGUAAAGAUAACCUCGCGACCUUAUUGCUACAAACUUUCAAGGUUUCUGCGUCAAUUUUGAACGGCGACGCAUUCCCGAGCAAUUGGUUGAAUGUGAACAUCCUGGCGCACAAAGUCCUGAUCAAGCUCGUGGAUCCAAUUGCAUCGUUACUCGAACGCGAGUUCGUUCCAAACGAGAAAUCCAGGACAUUUGACCCGGUUUUGUGGCGAGAGGGUUUCUAUGUCUUACUCAAACUUUUAUCUUCAGAACAUCUUGUGAUCGAAGAAUCCAGCUCCCAGAAGCGACGAGCGGUCUGGCGUCUUGCUGGAGAUAUUCGAGGCGAAGGAGCAUCAAUUCUCCUCCGGAUGUGGGACGCCCUCGGGUGGCAUGAAGAUGACCUUGCAAAUGGCGGAGCCAACCCAUUAUAUGGUAACUAUCAAGAUGCUCUCAAUCCCCUGGUUGGGCAUGUUGUCAACCUAUGCUUGAGCCAUCAUGAUCAAUUACGUGACAACGCAGUCCAUAUCCUCUAUUGUAUGAUCAUCUCGGAGUACCAGCUCACUCGGCAAUUCCAUCAUAUCGAGAACGAGUUGGUCAGCAAGUUGGACACGCUGUUCAUGUCCGACAGUAAAGGCGACGAUAUAUCACGGGCAUUCUUCAUUGGACACCUUCGACAUCUAUUUGAUUCUUCCGAUGUCGACGAGCAGCUACGAGAGCGAGUGACAGGCUUCCUCGAAGAGGUUGACCAGUUCCUCAGUUUACUCCUCAGCGUUCGUGCACUGCCGGAAGGUGAGGAAUAUGCCGAUGACCGUGUCAUCGCAACGCUCCGUCUAAUGAACUACAUUCGUCGAAUCGGGCGUGACGAGAUAUACAUCAAAUAUGUCCAUCAACUUGUCAACAUGCAUCUGCAAUCUCAAAACUAUGUGGAAGCUGCACUGACAUUGAAGUUACAUGCGGAUCUGCACGAAUGGGAUCUCAAUACAUUCGCUCCACCUAUGGAAGAUCUCGGCCUACCUCAACAAUCGCAAUUUCAUCGCAAGGAAACGCUGUGUUUGCUCAUCUUGGACUAUCUCGGCAAGGGCAAGGCUUGGGAAAGCGCAUUGGAGAUAUGCAAGGAUCUUGCUCUGCAGCAUGCCGAAGUAACCUUCAAUUACACUCGAUUGGCUGAGAUCCUUCGACACCAGGCUGCUCUCCUGGAACAUAUUAUCACGGAUCAACGUUACUAUUCGGACUACUUUAGGGUCGCUUUCUAUGGUAAUUUCCCUGGGGCAAUCCGGAACAAACAGUUCAUCUACCGCGGAUAUGAAUGGGAGAAGUUCGGAGCAUUUUGCGAGCGGAUGCUCAACAAAUACCCAGGCGUCCAGCUUCUCAAGACUAUGGGCGAUCCCCCUGUCGACAUCCGCUUCGGAACAGACCAAUACAUUCAGUGUACAGCUGUUAUUCCAGAGCCUGUACGGGAUUCCCCAAUCUUCACUAACCCCGAUGUCCCUCCCCAGAUACGAGCAUAUUAUGAGCACAGUGCUAUCAACCUGUUCAGUUACUCUCGUUCACUCACCAAAGUCAAUCCCGAUGGCUCAGAAGAAGUCUGGACUGAAAAAACAUUCCUUACGACCGAAGAAGCAUUCCCCACAGUUCUCCGGCGCUCUGAGGUUGUCGACGUACAGAUUGUCGAAAUUUCUCCCGUGGAGAGUGCUCUGCAUGAAGUUGAGCAGAGGACGAGAGAGCUAGCAGGACUUAACAUCAAGUACUCCGCAUUGGCCAAGACAGCACAGCCUGUCCCUACUAACCCGCUUGCAAUGAGUCUAAAUGCUGCGGUCGAUGCGCCAAUCAACAGCGGUAUUGGAGCAUUCAGACAGGCUUAUCUAUCCGGUGAUUAUCUUCUUAGACACCCCGAGCGCGUAGAACAGGUGGAGAAGUUGCGAAACGCCGUAGAUGAACAGGUCCGUAUGAUCGACAGCUGUCUACGACUGCAUGGACAACUGUGUCCACCAGAGAUGAUGGCGUUCCACGGAACACUUGAAAGGUUCUUCAGGAAGAAUUUCCACGAUGAGGUCCAGCGUCUCGCAAUGGACUUAGUGGGUGGUUCCCGCUCCAACGAGUCAUCGUCUGUUCCAGUGGCUUCACCAUCUCUAUACCCUCAACAAUCACGUCCCCCAGUCGCUGUCCUUCCUGUGGGAAACACAGUACCUUCUGAACCACUUUCCCCGCUUUCGACACGCGCACCACGAGAGAACGCGCAGCCUAGUGCUGAAAUGUUCUCCAAGCUCACUCCACUGCAGAGACAUCUCGCCCACCUCGCCCGUCACGGUUUCAAUGGUGUGUCCUCGGCACCUGUCGAGGCUGGUGGCAGCGAUACGAUUUCAGAAGGAUCUCCACGUGACUCAUUUAUCAACGGCGUCAAUGGCGCCCUGAUCAUGCCAAUGUCGGGUGCAGCAUCCAUAACGACGUCAACCAUGGGCAGCAUCGGGUCAAUGAAAGGUCGAUUCUCGAAGUUCGGAAGCUUGAACUUCGGUCGGCGAGAUCCAUGA